AUGGUACCUCUACACGUCGGGGCCAACGGGCUCUCGCUCUUCAACUUUGGCCCGACGGCCUUUCAGAACCUUCUCGACGAGGCAGCCGGCAAGUCGGGGCUGCUUCACUUCGCCGGGCGCAAGCGCGACGUCAACAGCAUCGUGCUGCUGGCCAACGGCGUGUCGUUUGCCCUGCAGGCGGCGCUGUUUCUCGUCAUCGGCGCCUACGCCGACUUUGGCACCGGCCGGCGCUGGGUCCUCCUUGCCUCGUCCCUCGUCGCCUACGCCGUCGGCUUCGGCUGGCUGGGGGUUCACGACGCCGACAAGUGGACAGUCGGCGUCGGCCUAUACAUUGCCGGCCUAGUUGCCUACCAGCUCACCCUGACCUACUGGACUGCGGCCUUUCCCUCCCUCGCCCGCAACACGGCCCGUCUCAAGGCGUCGCGUGCGGCGUGUGCGCGCCGUCAGAUCGCCCAGCAGGAGCUGGACGCGCGGGAUGAAUUGGAACGAAGCAGACUCAGCAACGUUGCCUUUUGGAUACAGUCUUGCGGCGAGAUUGUCAUCCUUACCGUCGUCGUGGGCAUCAUGUUUGCCGUGCGAGUUGACGACGGCCCUUCCAGCAAUAACUGGGGCCUCUCUGUUCUGAUAGCAUUCGCCACGGCAUGCUGGCUCGCGCUAUCCAUCCCCUGGUUUAUCCUGGAGAAGAAACGCCCCGGCAUGAGGAUCCCGCCGGGCAAAAACAUCGUCACCGCCGGCCUGUGGCGGCUGUGCGAGGGCUUGACACAGAUCUGGCGCCUGAAACAGAGCCUCGUGUACCUCGCCGGCUACUUUCUCCUCGGGGACUCGCUUAACACCACCGUCACCGUCAUUGCCACGCUGCAGAAUCAGGUCGUCAGCUAUAAUACCCUCACGCUGACGUACCUCCUCAUGGUUGGCAUCGCCAGCCAGGCCCUCGGUAUUGGGGGCUUCUGGCUCAUCCAGAAGAAGUUCAGCUUCAGUGCCAAGACCAUGUUCAGUGCUGUCACAGUCUUCAUCGUCCUCCUCGAUGGCUGGGGCGUGAUUGGCAACUGGACCGACAGCUUCGGCUUCAAGAAUGUCUGGGAGGUGUGGCUGUACCAGGCCUACUACGGACUCGUCGUAUGUCCUUGGUACAGCUACUCGCAGAUCAUGAUUAGUUCUGUGACGCCGCGCGGCCAUGAAUUUCUCUUCUUUUCCGUCUUCAACAUCAUGGGCAAGGCGUCUAGUUUUAUCGGGCCCUUGAUCAGCAGCGCUAUUAUUGACGCCUCGCCAGGCGGGCAGAAUAACAGCGCUCCGUUUUAUUUUUUAUUUGCGCUGAGCCUCGUCGGCGCUGCAUGGAUAUGGGCGUUUUUGGACCUGGAAAAGAGCGCGAGGGAGCAGGAGGCGUUUCUUCUGCAGGAGAAAGAGAGGGUGUACGGGGAGGCCACCUCUGCUCUUGAGGAGAAGCCGGCAGCUUAG